GGCGUUACAUGAGGAUCCGCGUAUUUUCCCAAGGCGUAUUUUUGAAAUUCCAAUUCCUCGUCCCCUCUCUGUGUCGAUUGUUGACUGUCGAGUAUCGACCGGCCGCCAGAGCUAGUUCCUGCUGCAAGAGUUCCGGCUGAUUCCAAUCAUCCUCCUUCAGUUCGCCCGGUCUUCCUCCUUCAAAUCGUCCUCUUUCAACUCCUCGUAGGUUGAGUCCGAACCCUAGCACAGCAGCAAUCCCGACGGUAGUGCUCUGCCGUAGCCAUUAGCGAGUCAUGGUUAGAAAGAAGGAUCCACUUUGGGUACAUGCUAUUGAUAUGAAUGGUAAAUUUGAAUGCAAGUACUGUAAACGAGUAUUUUCUGGAGGUUUAACAAGAUUGAAGUUUCAUUUGUCUGGAUUAAAAGAAUGGAGAGAUUUGUCUUAUUCCAAGACGCAAGAGGCUAUUAGUGUGACUGGAGUCAUCCAAAAUGAUGUUUAUUGGUCUGAAGCAAAAGAGUUGAUACAAGCUUUAGAACCACUAGUUCGGAUUCUUCGCUUAGUUGAUGGUGAAGGUUCUACUUCUGGAAUGAACACACUUAUGAUGCAAAAUACUGAGGAAAAGAUGAUUAAAGAUUCUGAUCCAAUUGAUUUGAGCAAGUUGACAGAAUGGCCUGAUUAUGGAGAUGUAGAGUCAUACUCUCAUAUUCUAAAUGGGAAUGAAAACAAUGAAGCUCCCGGGAAUUCAAUUGAUGAUCCUAACAUUGACAAUGGUAUGGAUGAUGCUGGACUUUCAGAUUUUUGUGAGACUUAUAUCAAUGAUGAUGAUGAUGAUGAUGUUUUUGCUGAAUUUGGCAUUUUGGAAUAAUUUUGUAGUUAGUGAAAGACUUUAUAUUUUAUGGUAUGGAUGAUGCUGGACUAUUUUUCAUUUUGAACAUUUGCUCGAUUAAGACUAUUUUUUUAGCAUGACUAUUGUAUGAACGGGCUUUACCUUUUG